AUGGGUAUUAUCCGGCAAAAGAACAUUCUUAGUAUAAACCCAAUCGCUACUACUUUCUCUGGUACAAGUAUUUUCCAUCUUAAACCUUCCCCUCUUCCUAUACCAAAUCCCAUUAGUAUUCAUAACCUAAAUCUACUCAAAACAGAAGCAUACACUACCAAAUGGCAAAUUAUAACUACAACUAUUCCGGCUUAUGCUUCACGUCUUCGAGUUCUUUUUACUGCCGAUCCGUCUACCUUAUCUUUAUUAUUUGUUCCCUUUCCUUCGGCUGAAUUUAUUGGUACAAAUCGGCCCUUUCCACUCUUUCCUUGGGUACCUGGUGCUUUACCAGAUACGGAUAUGCUUUAUAUUCUUCCUUCUACGCCUGGUUUGACUUUACUUUCCUCGGGUAGUCUAGUAGGAAUUUCAGAUGGGGGAACAACUAAGACUUAUCAUUACUUUAUACCUCGGGCCUUACCUGAAUCGGUUCUCUUUGCAGGGGGAGUACUAGGCGUAGGGAGUUUAGGCCGGACUUCUUUAUUUUUGCCGCGGCACUUAGAAGAUAGAUUAGGAUCUGGUCGGAAAGAGGCUUUAGAGAUAGUUAAGGCGGCUUUGAAUGCUGCAGCUGUAGCUUUAGAUGUUAAAGUACCCCAAUUGAACUUGUUCUUUAGUAGUUGUGAGAUAGAGGAUGUUUUUGGACCGGGUUUAGGUAUAUUUAAUCUAUCACAGAUAAUGGCCCCAAGUGCAUUGGAUCAGUGUAUGUCUUCUGUUCGUGGUUUAACUAGGGCUGUAGCUGCUCAGUACUUUAGAGCUGCAGCUGCUCCUGGUGAUGUUUGGCUUUAUGUGGGGUUUAGAGAGUAUUUAGCAGCUACUUUAGCUGAGUUGUUUUUAGGUAGUAAUGAAUUACGUCAUGAACAUUAUCGUAAUAUAACUUAUUUAUCACAAGCAGAUAUAGAAGAGGCACCUUUAUCUUCAUUAGAAAGAAGUACAAGUACCUUUAGUAGUUCUUUCUUUAUCUGUAAAUCUGGGACUUUAAUCCGGACUUUAGAGUAUAACUUAACUCGAGCCUUUAUGCAGAAGAUUAUGCGAGAGAUAAUCACAACUAAUCAAUCAGAAGAUAAUCAAUUAGUACCUAAUUCUAAUCUAUCUACUGGUAAGUGUUUAGGCUUACCAGAGACAGAAGAACCACAACCUACCAAUGAGUCUUUAGACCUAUCCGACUCAAACUCACCACCUGCCAAUCACCCUGAGUCAUCUAAUCACCUUGAGACAUCCACUCAACCCAACACCAACUCCACUCAACCCAACACCAACUCUACUUUAACCCAUUUAGAACCUAUUACAACGGCUGAUUUAAUCAGAAUUAUUCGAGCAACAACGGGUAAGGAUUUACGCCAUUUAUUUGAUGCUUUUGUCUUUCAUGCGGGUAUUCCGACUAUUUCCUUACAAGUUGAUCAGAGUCCGCGUGGGUUUUCAGUGGCUUUAAGAUUGCGUAUGCAUUCGGUCCAUCCUGAAGCUUUACGCAACUUAUCUGGGAAGAUUACUUUACGUGUUUAUGAAGCUGAAGCAGUUACAGAUCAUGCUUUACCCUUAGGUACUGCUCCGGCUGUUCAUGAUCUAGGACCACCUCGUACACCUCGGAAACGUAAGCCGGAUGAAACUCCAGCCGUUCUCUGGGUAAGGGCUGAUCCGGGUCUGGAAUGGAUGAAGAUUGCCGUAGUAGAACAAGCUGAUUUCAUGGCGGCUGAACAACUAGUUAGUGAGAAGGAUGUUUAUGGACAAAUGGAAGCUUUAGCUUCUUUACAGAAGAAUCCGAGUGAAUCGGUUUGUGGUGUACUAGAAAGAGUAAUGGAUUCAGCCCAGACAUUUUAUCGGGUUAGUAUUGGGGCGGGUAUAGUCCUAGUUCAGGCCCUUAAUGAAGAAACGGGCUACUUUGGGUUUCAAAGGGUUGUUCAGUACUUUAUCAGUAAUUAUUGUAUUCAAAACACUACUAUUGUUAAGGGUAAUGAGUUUAGUCAUUUAAGGAGUUAUGUUUUACAGAAGAAUGUAGCUGCUGCUAUGGCUUUAUGCCAGUUGGAUGCUUCAAAGAGUUUGAGUGGCCGGACAGUUCGGGCUAAGAGUAUUGUUUCGGCCUUUUUACUUAACUUAAUGCGUUAUAAUGAUAAUACGGGCAAUCCUUAUGAAGAUGGUUUUUAUUUAGCUGAUAUAAUUACAGCCUUAUCUAUUGCCUUAGCUAGUGAUACGGCCGCAGAUGUAUCUCCUUUUGUAGCUGAGAUAGAAAAGUUAAGGAGAAGAGAUUUACUCUUCCCGAGUCAUCAAAAUGCCGUAACUUGUGCUUCUAUUAAGGCACUGGCUAGACUAGCUGUAGCUGGUCAUGUUGAACUUGAUUUUCAAAGAUUACUGACUUAUGCUAAACCGGGUAAUUUUCAUAAGGUCAGACUAGCUGCUUAUGAAGCUUUGAUUCUUUUGGGACCAUCUAGUGUCUUAGAAGCUGUACUUAAGGCUUUACCUGGGGAGACUCGAGUGAUAAGAUUGCAUGUUUUACAGAUACUCCGGGAUAGUUUAAGAUGUGCUGGUUUACCUGUUUUGAAAACAGCCCAGCAGAUUUCACCACUGAUUGCAGAAAUGGCUGAGAGUAAUACUCAUGAUAGUACAGCUACUAAGCUUUUUAAAGAGAUCUUAGCUUUGAUUGAUGGUCCGACUGAGAUUGCUGAAGAGGUAGAGGCUACUUCAGCUGCCCAUGAUAUGAGUGGAGAAGAAGGUCCACCUACUUUACGUUUAGUAGUGCGUUUAACUCGACCAUUGAUUGUUCGUUUACCUUUUAAGUCUUUACUUAGUCCGGUUGUAGUAGAUAUAGAUAAGCUUUAUACUAUCGAUAAUUUUAUCAAAGAACACUAUCUUGAUUUAAGUUUAGCCGAAGCCGAUCAAGCUUUAAUUCGUCGGGCUAAAACAGGUAAGGCAGCUACAACUAUUGCCCAGGCAGCUAAACGAGUACAAGCUCUUGGUCGAGUCAUGCCCACCCUAGAAGAUAUUCCCUUUAGUAUUGCUAGUCCAGCUAUUCCUUCUUUACGUGAUGUCCUGAUUAGUACGCCAGGAGUAGUUCAGAUGGUAGUUGAAGCUUGUCGGAGUCUCUUUCUUAGUGCCGGAUAUGAUUCUUCGGCUUAUAACAAUGCCAAGUACUUCUUAGCCGGAUUUGAAAGGGAUGCAGCUGGAUGUGCGCGACAGAAAGAUGUUCAGUUUACGGCGAUUGAUGCUGAAACGGCUAGUGGGCCAGGUCGGGCUCUUUUACUUAAGUAUGUUAAUCAAGUGAUUGCUUAUGACGAGCAUGGGGUCUUUUUAGCCCCGGUAGAUACGGAGAAUUUACGACCAAUGAAGUAUUUAGAGAUAGUAAGACGGCCGAAUGAUUUAGGAAGUAUUAGAGCGGGAUUAAGUACGGGAGCUUAUACUAUGGUUGAGUGUGUUUUAGCUGAUAUCUUACAGGUUUUUGAAAAUUGCAUGGUUUAUAAUGCCCAGGACUCAGAUAUUUGGCUAGUAGCUAAGGAUAUUCAUAGUCGGACGGUUCAGGAAGCCAAAGAUCUACUACGUCUUUUUUCACAACCAACUACUAUCGCUGCUCAAUUACAAAUUUUAGCCAAAGAUCUUAUCAGUGAUCAAAGAUUUAGUAUUUUUAGUCAACGAGUAGAUGCAACUGUCCAUCCUGAGUACUAUUCAAUUGUUAAAGAACCAAUGUGUCUAAGUACAGUUCAGGAACAUACCUAUAAUAACUACUACUUUAAUCUUAGCCAUUUUGAAACUGAUAUUCAAAAGAUCUAUCAAGCUAGUCUGGCUUAUAAUGGCCCACUUUCAGAGAUAACUCGUUUGGCUAAACUACUGACUACUACAGCUAUUGAAGCCCUCCGUAAGAAAUGGCCGUGGUAUAAACCGAGUACUACUAAGCGAGCACAUCCCACCCGUCGGUCUACCACUAAUUCUACUUCCACCACCUCAACCUCAUCCACUUCUACUCCCCAACCCAAUUCCUAG